GGGGGUACAAUACAUACAAGUGGGUCUCCCUCUCUCCCUCGCUCUCCGCGCUCUGCGGUUUCCCCAUAUCGCCCCCACCCCCCGGAGGACUCCUCUCGCCUUCUUCUCCUGUUCCGUUCCGUUCCCCACUUCCUCUUCCGGCGACCUUCUCUUCCCCUCUCGCCGGCAGACCACGCCGCUCCGGGGGGCCCCAUUGCUGGCCCUCCCCUCGCGACCGCUCCACCCGCCAGGUUCAGGCCCUCUUCUUCCGCCUUCUCUCCCGCUCUGCGCGGGAAAAUUAACCGACGAGAGGAGGAAGCGCUCGGGCUGUGGAUCCCCUCGUUGCUCGCGACCGGAGGGGAAUGCGGGAACGGAGCCGCACGGACCGGGGAAUUCUGUAGGCGGGGCUUCGCUGCCGCCCGGAGGAGACAUGUAGGUCUAAUUUACUUGAUACUGGAUUGGAUAAUCCCCCCCGGUUUUGCCCAGUUCAUGGAUUCCGUCACGAAUCGGGCCAAUUUUCUGGAGAAUCCUUCCCGAUUUCUAGUACCCAUGAAUUGGUCUGCAGUACAGCCUCCGCCAGAUUAAUUAAAACCCAUGCGUCCAGCGCCUUCUGCCAGCUCUGUUUCUCUGUCCACGUGAAUUUCGAGGCCGUCAAUGCUAGAAAACCAGGUGGAGGGCAGGAACUGUCUCCCUGCAGAGGUCAGGAAUGGGCUCGAGACACUAAAGAAGAGGAGGCUUGAGAGGAUGCGUUUGAGUGCUCAGAACGAAGCCGGUGACAAUCCUGCCAUGGCUGCGAGGAGUGGCGGGGAUGGGCUGCGGAGUCCUGCAAACUGUGGGGUUAGAUUACAUGCCAACAAUGCUGCAGGUGGUUUACCUAGCACUAGCAGUGCCCAUGAUCAUUUCGCGAAGCGCAAGGUGGACAGGUUCCAUAUGUCUGACCUAGAAUGGAUAGACAAGAUACCAGAGUGCCCUGUGUAUUGUCCUACCAAGGAGGAAUUUGAGGAUCCCAUUGCUUAUAUACAGAAAAUCUCACCAGAGGCUGCAAAAUAUGGAAUUUGCAAAAUUGUGGCUCCAGUAAGCGCUUCUGUACCUGCGGGUGUCGUGUUGAUGAAGGAACAACCUGGCUUUAAGUUCAUGACAAGAGUUCAGCCGCUCCGUCUUGCUGAAUGGGCUGAAGAUGAUACAGUCACAUUCUUUAUGAGUGGAAGAAAGUAUACUUUCCGAGACUACGAAAGAAUGGCCAACAAAGUGUUCUCUAAGAAAUAUUCUAGUUCAAGCUGUCUCCCCGCUAAGUACGUUGAGGAGGAGUUCUGGCGUGAAAUUUCUUCUGGAAAGAUGGAUUAUGUUGAAUAUGCCUGCGAUGUUGAUGGGAGUGCCUUUUCUUCUUCUCCUCAUGAUCAGCUUGGGGAAAGCAACUGGAACCUCAAGAAUUUUUCGCGGCUCUCCAAUUCUGUGCUGAGACUUCUGCACACGCCAAUUCCAGGAGUGACUGAUCCAAUGCUUUAUAUCGGGAUGCUCUUUAGCAUGUUUGCAUGGCAUGUGGAAGAUCACUAUUUGUACAGCAUCAAUUACCAUCAUUGUGGGGCAUUUAAGACAUGGUACGGGAUACCGGGAGAUGCUGCUCCUGGUUUUGAAAGGGUAGCUAGCCAGUAUGUAUACAACAAGGAUAUUUUGACUGGUGAUGGCGAGGAUGCUGCAUUCGAUGUUCUGUUAGGAAAGACAACGAUGUUCCCUCCGAAUAUCUUGUUAGACCACAGUGUCCCUGUUUAUAAAGCUGUGCAAAAACCUGGAGAGUUUGUUAUUACAUUCCCUCGUUCCUAUCAUGCGGGUUUCAGCCACGGCUUCAAUUGCGGUGAGGCUGUCAAUUUUGCUAUUGGUGACUGGUUUCCUCUGGGUUCUCUGGCUAGCAAGCGCUAUGCACUUCUGAACAGAACACCCUUUCUUGCACACGAGGAACUACUUUGCCGAUCUGCAGUGCUUCUGUCCCACUCAGAACAUCCCUACACUCAAUAUUGUGUGAAGUCUUGCUUUGUGAGGCUGAUGCGAAUGCAGCGACGUACACUUGACCUGCUUGCUAAAAUGGGUUCUCAGAUAUGCUACAAACCAAAACUACAUUCGAAUCUGUCAUGCAGCAUGUGCCGGCGUGAUUGCUACAUUACACACGUGUCGUGCGGAUGCGUCUUUGAUCCUAUCUGCCUUCAUCACGAACAAGAACUGCGGAGCUGCUCUUGUAAAUCUAACCGGAUUGUCUACCUCAGAGAGGAUAUACUGGAAUUAGAGGCUCUAUCUAGAAAAUUUGAGCAGGAUAUUCGCUUGGAUAAGGAAGAAAAUGCUAAUGGCUCAUAUAAGCAAUCCGAGAUUUCUGACAUUGAUAGCGACCACGGUCCAUCUUUUGGUACUAACAACAGUGAGGCAAAUUUCCAAGAUAAUGUAAUUUUAGAAGCAAACGCCGCUGAUGCUGGAAAGAGUUCUCCUGCAACAUCAUCAUUGACAUCUUUUGCACAUCAUGAGCAUCUACCUGCAGAAUCAAGGGUCCAUGCAACUCAGACCAACCAAGUUUACUCAACUGCCAAGCAGGCCAUGAACACAUCAUCAGUACAUGGAAAUGACCCUCUGGAUGACAAUUCAUCCUGCAUGGCUGAUGCUUGUAACGAAAUUAGUUCCUGUAAUGCCUCACGCAUGGAAUACAGUGGCAAUUCUGAUUCCGAUUCUGAAAUCUUCAGAGUCAAGCGCAGGCCCAGCACAUUAGGAAGAUCUAUUCCUGACACAAAGACUGCAACCUCCUCCGAACAGCAGGUUCUGAGGCGGCUGAAGAAGGCAUGCCCUGAAGCGCAAGAAGUCAAUAAGCGACCUGAAGACACCGAACAUUGUUUGGUCCCCUUGGUCCGUAUGAGCCAGAAGAAACCAACUUCUACCUCUUCUUCUGACGAAGAAAGAGAGGACAUGGUUCCCAUAUCAUGGAGAAUUAAGCGGCGGCAACUGGAGACUCAACAGGACAGUGCCAGUUAUGCUGCAAAGCCAAAGGUGUAUCCCUCUACCAGCAGUUGCUCUCGGCAAGAUUUUGCAGAAGCGAGUAGAGAUGCAGCUUCAGAGCUACCUUCAAGGCGAGUGAAGAUCCGGUUGCACCCUAGCGCCAACAGGAUGGUUGAGCAGCAGGGAAGUUCAGGUCAGAGAUCUGCAAGGGAUGACAAGCCACCGGGCUGUUGGCGUACAAAUUAGGGUACACUGACGCACGGGUGCUAACUUCGACAGAUCAGAUAGAAUCCAUUCUUUGUUUAGGUGCAUUGUUAACUACACGAAGCGCUUGCAUUUUGGUUAGCACAGAUGCUGACUGGGUGGGUGAGGAGGGGAGGAUGAUUAGGGCUAAUUGCUUGGUUAAUCCAUUCUUUGUGCAGCAGAGCCUCCAAUUUGAGGCCUGGCUAGGCACGGUUAGAAGGCAUAUUCAUCAUGUUAUUUUGAGGGUCCUGAGUCACAGCUUGCUGCUCUCUUUUGGUGCCUGCAUUGCCUGUGGCGGAAUUGGGCCAUUUCCUUUCCAUUCUGCAAGUCUCUUUUGUUCUUUUGCUUAGCAGCUGUACAUCUCUGUACCUCUUUCUUUCUUGUUUUUAACCAUGAACAACAAGCUUGUUGCUCUCUUAAGAGCAGCUAAUGCUAACUGUAUUCUUUUAUACGCUUGUUGCUUCAUGUAACCUCCUUACCUGCUACUGAAAUAUUCAAUAGUCAACCAUUCUUUUCGGACAUCGGAA